UGAUUAUUUAAAAGAAAAAAAGAAAUAAAAUUCAAAGCAACGAAUCCAAAUUCACACCUAUAAAUACACCAAACAACCAACUACCUCUACCUGCUUCUAGUUUAGACAACCUUCCGGUUCGCCUGUCAUUCAACGAGAGAAAAACAAAAAACACUCCCGAAAUGGCACGCAAGAAGAUCAGAGAGUACGAUUCCAAGAGAUUGUUGAAAGAACAUUUCAAGAGGCUUUCCGGUAGAGAUUUGCCAAUCAAAUCUGCACAAAUUACGGAAUCAACUGAUUUCAAUCAGCUAGUAGAGAAGGAGCCAUGGCUUUCGUCACAGAAACUGGUUGUUAAACCUGAUAUGUUGUUCGGUAAGCGUGGGAAGAGUGGUUUGGUUGGCUUAAAUCUGGAUUUUGCUCAAGUUAUUGCUUUCGUGAAAGAGCGCCUUGGCAAAGAGGUGGAAAUGAGUGGAUGCAAGGGACCUGUUACAACUUUCAUUGUUGAACCUUUCAUCCCUCACAAUGAAGAGUUCUACCUUAACGUUGUCUCUGAGCGACUUGGUUGCAGCAUUAGCUUUUCAGAAUGUGGAGGGAUUGAAAUUGAAGAGAACUGGGAUAAGGUCAAGACCAUAUCUGUCCCAACCGGGUCGCUUUUGACAUCAGAAACUUGUGCUCCACUUGUUGCAACCCUUCCCUUGGAGAUCAAAGGAGAAAUCGAGGAGUUCAUCAAAGUGAUCUUUAAUCUGUUUCAAGAUCUCGAUUUCACAUUCCUCGAAAUGAACCCUUUCACGCUGGUCGACGGAAAGCCUUAUCCUUUAGACAUGAGAGGCGAGCUGGAUGACACUGCUGCUUUCAAGAACUUCAAGAAGUGGGGUAAUGUCGAAUUCCCAUUGCCUUUUGGAAGAACAAUGAGUGCAACCGAAAGCUAUAUUCACGGGCUAGACGAGAAGACCAGUGCAUCGUUGAAAUUUACGGUGUUGAACCCUAAGGGACGCAUUUGGACAAUGGUAGCUGGAGGAGGUGCAAGUGUCAUCUACGCUGAUACGGUUGGAGAUCUUGGUUUUGCUUCUGAGCUCGGAAAUUAUGCAGAAUACAGUGGAGCACCCAACGAAGAGGAAGUAUUGCAGUAUGCCAGAGUAGUUAUUGAUUGUGCAACCGCAGACCCUGAUGGUCGCAAAAGAGCCCUCGUAAUUGGCGGAGGAAUAGCCAACUUUACUGAUGUCGGUGCUACAUUUAACGGCAUUAUCCGAGCCUUGAAGGAGAAGGAAUCAAAGCUCAAAGCCGCUCGGAUGAUGAUAUACGUGAGGAGAGGAGGUCCAAAUUACCAGAGAGGCCUCGCGAAAAUGCGGGCACUUGGAGAGGAAAUCGGAAUCCCUAUCGAGGUUUAUGGUCCCGAAGCUACGAUGACCGGUAUUUGCCAGCAAGCUAUCCAAUACAUCAGUGCAGCUGCCUAAGUUGUCGGUUCGGGUUCAUGUUCGGUCUCUGUUUUUUUUUUUCCUCCUUUUCAAGUGGGUCAUUUUCAUUAGAUUUCCCUUUUGCCAUGUUACUGAAACAUUUGGAAUUUAUUUGCUGAAAAGUGAACAUGAAAUCUUAGGCAUAAAUGGCAUUUGUCAGCAAUAAAGAUCUUAAAAAUUUUCUACA